CCGAUUGAUGUUAGACCACAAUUGAAAACCUGGAAGCACUAGACGGCCGUUUCAUCCUAUUGUGGGACUUCUCAGCAGUGAGCAACCACCAACCCAGCACCUUUGGUCUCGCGCUCGAGCGCGUAACCUUUAGAUCACUGAGCCGGGAUCCAACGGUGUUAAUGUCCAACCUCGACCAAUCCACGAAAUUGCGCGUCCAUCUCCAUUGUUAAUAAUAUUAUACUAAAUGACCAAUUUAUUUAAAGUUAUUGUCAAUUCUUGACAUUGAUAGAGUACUUUUCUUCCAACACAAAUGUGCAUCUAAGUUGAAAUUUUUGUACAUACAAACGGAGGUUUUAAAUAGUAAACCAAUUUAUUCAUAAUAAAAAUCAUUCGGAAAUGUUGUAUGACACCUCUGUAUAGCUAGGCACUGAAACAGUGUUAACUGUUUCUAUGAACAUGAUUCAAUUGUUCAUUUUGAUGAAUCUUUUUGUGAAGAUGUUUAACAUCAUAUAAAUAACAGUAUUUUUGUAUCAUAGAGCAACCAUCCACCAUAAGUAUUACUUGGGUUACACAAGAAAAUACAGAGAGUUCAACUGUACUCUAUGGUACUAUGCUGUUAAAUAUGAAAAGUACUGGCUACGUUAAAGAGUUUAUUGAUGGAGGACGUGAACAACGCAAAAUGUAUAUGCAUCGAGUGAUCUUAUCCGAUUUAAUUGGUAAUACAACUUAUUAUUAUAAAUGUGGUAGUUUAGAUGGUUGGUCAGAUGUUUUGAAAUUUCGUGCUCUCCCAUCUCAUCCUUAUUGGUCACCUAAAAUAGCAGUUUAUGGAGAUAUGGGGACAACUGAUGCACUUUCACUACCCGAAUUAAUUCAUCAAGUCAAAGAUUUAAAUAGUUAUGAUGUGGUAUUACAUGUUGGUGAUUUCGCCUAUAAUAUGGAUUCAGAUAACGCAAGAGUUGGUGAUCAAUUUAUGCGUAAUAUACAACCAAUUGCAUCAAAAGUUCCUUAUAUGACAUGUGUUGGUAACCAUGAAGCUGCUUACAAUUUCUCAAAUUACAAAGCAAGAUUCACAAUGCCUGGAGGUGAUGGCGAAUCACAAUUUUAUAGGUAA